AUGCCCAAGGAACACAAGAAGCGCGGUCGUCGCGAGGAGCAGAAGAAGCGGAAGAGGGAUGUCGACGACGAUGCAAGUGCAAAACGAUUCAAAAAAGAAGACAUCGAUCAGCUCGAAGCUGAAAACCCUGCCCAACAUGUCGCCGAACAUGACGUCGCCCGCCCAGAUGCGACGCCCUUCUACGGAAUGCUCGACGAGCAGGAGCAGGAGUACUUCAAGAAGGCCGACGAGAUGCUCGAGCUGAACCAAUUCGAGAGCGAUCAAGACCGCGACAUUUUCCUCGCCAGUGUCUGGAGGGAGGCCGAUGGCAAGGAACUGAAGAUUGCGAGCAGCCAAACGUCGCGCCUGCUCGAACGGCUGAUCCUUCUCUCCUCGCCAGACCAGCUCAAGGGCCUAUUCCAGAAGUUCAGUGGCCACUUCCUCAACCUCGUCCAGAACCGAUUCGCCUCCCACUGCUGCGAAGCCCUCUUCAUACAAGCUGCGCCCGUCGUCACCCAAGAGACUGCUAUCAAGCCCGAGAAAAUACAAACGCCGCCGUCGUCUGACCCCGACCAGGUCCUCGUUUCCAUGGAGAAUCUGUUUCUAUACACGCUGGGCGAGCUGGAAGGCUACAUGGGUUUCUUAAUGACGGACAAGUAUGCGUCGCAUGUGCUACGCGUGCUGUUGGUCAUCUUGUCGGGCGCUCCGCUUGAAAAACAGAACAAAUCGGCCAUGCAGAGCAAGAAGAAGGAAAAGGUCACAGUCUCAGGCGCAGAGAAAGAGCAAGAACGUUUGCUGGAAGAGAGAGCCGUGCCCGAAAGCUUUUCGGAAGCGCUGGAGAAGGUCAUUACCGAGAGUGUCUCCGGGAUUGAGUCGCACUACCUCCGCACUCUUACCACGCACCCACUCGGUAGUCCCACCCUACAACUGCUGCUCAAGCUGGAGCUUUCCCACUUUGGCAAGUCGCGGGCCAAGGACGAAAAGUCCAUCAUCCACCGACUACUGCCCGACAAUCCCAUUGCUGAGGGAACGGAAAGCGCCAUCUUGAUCAACGGGCUUGUAUACGACACUAUUGGCUCCAGACUGCUAGAAGUCAUCAUCGAGAAUGCGCCUGGAAAGGUCUUCAAGUCCAUCUACGGAGAGUUCUUCAAGGAGCGAAUGGGUACGCUAGCACGCAAUGAGAUUGCAGCCUACGUGGUUGGAAAGAUCAUGGAACGACUUGGCAAGGACGACCUAGACGAGGCUAUGCGUCAGAUCGUGGACCAAAUUCCUAGCCUGGUAGAACGUGGUCGGACAGGAGUUAUCAAGACGCUCAUUGAGCGAUGCGUGGCUCGAGAGAUAGACUGCUCGCCUAUCAAGGCCCAGCUGGAGACCGCAUAUGCCGGUUCCAACGGCUUUGAAGUUACACGCAUCCUCAAGCUCAGUGAGGAGGAUGGUAAGCCUCGUGCCAAACACGAGCAUUCGCCAGAAAAGGUACAUGGUUCGCUGCUGGCACAAACCAUGAUGACGGUGGAUGGACCCCUUGGUCAGCUCGUGUUUGACUCUCUUGCCAACCUAUCUCCUGAACUCGCGAUUCAGCUGGCCCGCGACUCUACAGCAUCGCGUACGCUUCAAGCAGCCUUGAUGUCCAAGAAUGCUUCUGUUAUCUUUCGACGAAAGAUGAUACAACAGUUCUAUGGCAAGAUUGGUGAACUCGCACUGGACCCUGCCGCGUCUCAUGUAAUCGACGCCAUAUGGCACGGUACAGCUGGCCUCGCCUUCAUCCGCGAGCGCAUUGCUGAAGAGCUGGCUGAGAACGAGAACUCGCUACGCGAAUCCUUCGUGGGUCGCGCAGUCUGGCGAAACUGGCGCAUGGAUCUAUACAAACGCAAACGCGGUGAUUGGGUCACACAAUCGCGUUACACAGCCGGUAAUGACGGCUUCCAGAGCUUCCCAGAGUCAAAUGGUGAUGCAACACCACCGCAAAACCAUCGACAGGGAAGACAUCUGACCGCCAUCGAACUAGCACGGCAAAAGCACGCCGCUGCCAAGGCCGCACAAGCCAAGGAUGGCAAGAAGCCGAGGAAGGGGAGUCAGACAACAAACAGCAGCCUUCUCGACGCCGUUCAAGAGCUGAUAAUACCCUUUAUCCGCUCCGCAGACGAAGACGCAGCGACAAAGCACACAGGCCACGGACUGAAGAUCGAAGGUGGCGGGCCCAGAACCACGUUAGUGGAGCAUCACCCACCUAAGAAGCUGGAAUCCAUCCUUAGGGAGGAGCUGGAAAUCAACGAUGAGAGGGCCGGUAAAGAUGGGUUGCUAAAGGUUGUGGAAAGUGUUUUGAAAUACUCCGUGAACACAUGGGAUCAAGGGUUUCUUGAUAAGUUGUACGCCAGUACGAAUGCCGUGGGAGUAUCACACGUCUACCAAGUCUCCCCCGUCCUAACACUGGUCGAAAAACGGACUACAAAAUAUCUAGCCUCACUAUUUGGCCUUCCUUCCUCCACUUCAGGAGGCAUCUCCCAACCAGGAGGCAGCGCAUCAAACAGUUCUGCCAUAGUAAUCGCUCGCAACACCCUUUACCCCGAGACAAAAACCGACGGUAACGGAUCUCACAAAUUCACCGUCUUCACUUCAGCCCACGGCCACUACUCAGUUGAGAAAGCAGCCAACCUUUUCGGUCUUGGCUCCAAGAACGUCAUACCGGUCCCCGUGGACGAUCGUGGCUGCAUGAUCCCCUCCGAAUUUGAACGCUGCGUAAAGGAAAGCAAAGAGCGCGGCGAAACACCACUGAUACUCAACGCAACAGCCGGAACCACCGUCCUCGGCUCCUUCGACCCCUUCACCGCUCUCAGCAAGAUCUGUAAAGAACAAAACCUCUGGUUCCAUAUUGACGGCUCGUGGGGUGGAAGUGUAGUAUUCAACGCCCAGUACCGCGAGUCACGGCUCAAGGGCGCUGAACUCGCCGACAGUAUAACCAUCAACCCGCACAAGAUGCUCGGUGUACCAGUGACAUGUUCCUUCCUCCUGGGCCGCGACAUGAACACCUUCCACCGUGCCCUCACACUACCUGCCGGCUACCUCUUCCACAACGCGCCGGGAACCGAUGCAGCGGAUAUCCACGACCUCGCUGAUCUGACCCCCCAAUGCGGUCGUCGCGCUGACUCGCUCAAGAUGUUCCUAGCCUUGCAAUACUACGGUGCGCAGCACUUUAGCGAUUUGGUGGCCCGUGGAUACGAGAACGGAGAGUAUCUUUUGAGGGAACUGAAGGAGAGUGGCAACUUCAAGACAAUUAGUCCGGAACCGCUGCCGUGUCUGCAGGUGUGCUUUUAUUAUGCCAGGGGAGGGGAACUGAAGGGAGAGGCGGAUGCGAAUAGCAAGGCGACGACGGAGAUUGCUAGUAGGCUUAUUAGCAGAGGAUUCAUGAUUGACUUUGCGCCGGGUGACAAGGGUAAAUUCUUUAGGGUUGUGGUUAAUGGGGGAUUGAUCAAGGGCACGUUGGAUGGACUUGUCAAGGCAUUGGAGGAGACCGCUGCAGAUUUAGGGUAUUAA